AUCGAAGCAAUUGUGAAAGUAGAAACAUUGUAUACUCUGUAAAUAUCAUCACAUCACAGUUCCAAAUAGUGAGAAAAAAUGGCAAGUGCAACAUUUGUAGAAUUCAGUAGCCUUGUUCCUCGUCAAUCAACUCCCAAUCCUUCACAAUUGCAACAUUUCAAAAGUCCCCUUUUAUCGAUAUCUUUCCAUAACACAAAUAUUUCUUCUAAAUUAACUGCUUCUCUUUCAUUCACUCAAUCUCAAGGUUUUGGGUUUGCAAUUGAGAGCCAGUGCAAGGAACAAGAACGUGGGGAUUUAGUUCAAACAUCAGCUGUUAGAGAGUUGAGUGGUUCUCUUACAUCUGCUCAGGGACAUCGAUUUGCUAUUGUGGUGGCUCGUUUUAAUGAUCUGAUCACCAAGAAGCUUUUGGAGGGAGCUUUGGACACUUUCAAAAAUUAUUCAGUUAGAGAAGAAGACAUUGAUGUUGUGUGGGUUCCUGGUAGUUUCGAAAUCGGUGUUGUCGCGCAGCAACUUGGCAAGUCAAGAAAAUAUCAAUCAAUAUUGUGUAUCGGUGCUGUGAUUAAAGGUGAUACCUCUCACUAUGAUGCUGUGGUUAAUGCUACCACGUCUGGAGUACUUUCAGCAGGUUUAAAUUCAGGUACGCCUUGCAUAUUUGGUGUUCUCACAUGUGAUACCUUGGAGCAGGCAUUCAACCGUGCUGGUGGGAAGGCUGGGAAUAAAGGUGCUGAAGCAGCAUUGACAGCCAUUGAGAUGGCAUCUUUGUUCGAGCACCAUCUGAAGCCAUUACAAUAGGAAAAACAUCCUUUUUGGCUGCAGCUUUUCUUGAGGAACCAGAAUUGCCAAUUGCUCUAAAUUGUUUGCAGGAAUAAUAUUCUUGAACCAAACUGCAGUUGUUCAAUGUUGUACUUUUGAAUAGUAAUAACAAUAAUCUUAUUUUGUACUGAAUUUUAUGGACCUCAUACGAUAAUAACGUUUCACUAUAACGGCUAAGUUCUUUUUGGAAAC